AUGGGAAUGGAGCAACAAAACUCUCCAAACACUCCCUCUCUCUCUCUCUCUCUCUCUCUCUCUCAAACUAGGGUUUAGAAUUCAGGGUUUUCAAAGAGGCGCAGUGAUUGCAAUCUAAAUUUUCAAUCUGUAUGUGUUUUCAAUGCCUGGAAAUCCAUUAAUCGCAUCAUCGUUCUCUGCAAAUCCUAGACAUCCCGAAACUGCUUGCUUUCUCAUCAGAGAGGCUUGCAAUUUAGUCUCUGCUUCAUCGAUAAAACUCUUGAUUUCGUUCUUGAUCGUGUUCUUCAGAGAACUCAUACCCUUAAUUUGACUCAUUUUUCAACUUCGCAAAUGGCACCGAGUCGCAGAAAAGGCGGCGGCAGAGCGGCGGCGGCCGCUGCUCGCCGGCAGUGGAAAGUGGGUGAUCUCGUCCUCGCCAAGGUUAAGGGCUUCCCAGCCUGGCCUGCAACGGUAAGUGACCCGGAGAAGUGGGGCUACUCGGCUGAUUGGAAGAAAGUACAUGUUUACUUCUUUGGAACCCAGCAAAUAGCCUUCUGCAACCCUGCUGAUGUUGAAGAAUUUACGGGAGAGAAAAAAGAGUCUCUUCUAGCCAAACGCCAUGGAAAAGGUGCUGAUUUUGUCCGUGCAGUGCAUGAGAUUAUUGAAAGCUAUGAAAAGUUGAAGAAACAAGACCAAGUUGUUGUUAACUCUGGUGAUGAAGUUACCAUGACGAAUGCUGGGGAAUCAGUGGGCGAUGUUGCAUUAAAGGGUCAGAUUGAGACUCCUGCAGUGAUGCUGAAUGAGUCAAGCCUCACAGUUGAAGGUGCUGUGCCUGUUACACAGGUAGAUGUUUUGUAUGAUAGGGAGACAUCAUCUGAGGAGCCUAUUGAUAAUCUGGUAGUUGUGAAAAAAACUGUGGUAAAUACAUUCUCUGCAAAAGAAAGACUAGGAGUUGUACAACCACAAAGUUCUGCCUCACAGACAAGGGGGCCUUGUAGGUCUAGAAGUUCAUCGAGGGUGAACAUAAGUAGAUUCCAAAAAUUUAUGUUGCCAUCUGGUAAUGGCAGCAAGGUUGCUGGGGAUGUAGCUGCUAUGAUUUUGCAGGAUGGCUAUGUAAGAAGGAGUGAACGAAUCAGGAAAUCACCUGAUGUAUCUGAAGGGCAUGACAGAGAUUCACCUGCUUUUCUUUCAAAUGUUAACAUUGAGGAAAAUGGUUCUGAAAUUGCCACAGUUGACUCGAAUACUUUCAAUGUAACUGAAGGCAGCACCAUAGAUUCUGGUUGUAAACUUCUGCAUCCCGAGUCUGUUGUUGUAUGUUGUAAGAGAGAGGUUGAGUUGGCCCAAGUUCUUGAUUUCCAAACAAAGAAGAAAAGGAAACCAAAUAGAAAGCGAGUGAUUAAUGAUGCUCCUGAGAUUACUGGUAGACUAAAUAACGAGGCAGGUUCAGAGAUUGAAUCACAUAUAAGUGGACAAGUUUCACCAAAUUCUCAUGAAAAGUUUAAUGAAAUGUAUUUCAAAGAAAAUGGUGAUGAGCACCUUCCAUUAGUGAAAAGAGCAAGGGUUCGGAUGGGUAGACCAGAGGAGCAUGACAACUCCAUACAAUCAAAGGAGAGAGUAUUAGAAGUGUCAAACAACUUUUCUGGGCAGGUUUCCACAUCCUUAAAUUGUGAAGAAGAUGGUCCUGCUGAUAAAAACUCGUUUAUGGUGAGGGAGGGUACAGAUAAUUCAUCACUGCAAAAUAAAUGCCCUCCGUCUUCAGUUGAUAUGCCUCAGCUAUGGGAAGUAAAGAAAAAUCAACAGUUUGGUUGCUCAGUGGAUGGUGAAGCUGCUUUACCUCCAUCUAAACGCCUUCAUCGUGCCCUGGAAGCUAUGUCAGCUAAUGCUGCUGAAGAUGGUCAAACUGAAGCACCAUCAGCCAUGAAGACAUUAACUAAUGAAUGUUGUUUCCCCCCCACAACGGAUUCCCAACACACAUCUACACAAAACAAAGCAUGGAAUGGAUUUCAAUUGCUGAAUCUAGAGUUUCUUUGUGGCAAAGCUUCUCAGGAUGUCGCCUCUGACUACUCUAUCAGUUCUGGCCCUGAAGUACCGAAGGAAAAUGAAAAAUCUUUUGUAGAAGUUGCAAUUUGUGAUGGACCUGCCAGAAGGUCCAGUAGCCCGGAACAUGAGUUAUGCAAAGAUAUACAUGUGGAUGAUGCAGAACAUUCUUCAGGUAAAACUACUGAAGUUGGUGUGGCCCAAAGUCCUAAACCUUUAUCACGUGAUCUUGAGAAAAAACAUGCCUAUCUUGAAUGCAAUCAAGGUUCACUGGCUCAGAUGUCUCCUUCUAAGGAUGAAUGCAUAAAUGAAAAUUCUGAGUUGAGCAACCAUAAAGCCGAAAAACCUGUGACCGAACUUGAUCCUUCAGAACAUUCUGGGAUGAGUUCAGAUCCUGUUGAAAUUGGUGAAGGUUCACCACAAAAUGGUUCUACUUUGCUUCCAUGCAGCAUGGAGGGUAAUUGUUCUGGAACUACUGAAUUGUGGAAGCCCCGACAUGUGAACAACCAAAUUAACCAAAUGUGUGAGGCUGUAAAAGACAUUAAACCAUUGCAGAGGGAUUCAAAUGAUAUUCCAACUUCAACGUCUGUGGAGGUUAUAGUAGCUGUUACCGUGGGUCCACCACACAGAUCUUGUUCCAGUUCUAUUUCUGAUAAUCAUUUGGUUGAUAAGGAUGUGUCUGGUAUUCGGUCUUCAUCUCCAGCUGAUGCGUUAGACUCCUCUGCACGCAUGUCCCCACCCAGCACAAUCUGCAACAUGUCUAAAUCAGAUAGUAAUAGCAUUCUUGAAAGUAAUGUCUGUUAUAGCCCUGAUGUUCAGUUGCAACAUGCAAAAUCCAAAAAUGUGGGUAAAUGGAGCAAUAAAGCAGAAGCAACCGCUGUUCUGGGAUCUUCUGAGGCUCUUCUUGGAACAUUAAAAAGGACAAAGGAGAGCAUUGGUCGAGCUACGCGCAUUGCCAUUGACUGUGCAAAGUUUGGUAUUGCUGUUAAGGUGGUGGAAAUUCUUGCCCGUAAUUUGGAAAGUGAAUCAAGUUUACACAGAAGAGUUGACUUGUUUUUUCUUGUGGAUUCUAUUAUGCAAUGCUCCCGAGGCUUGAAAGGUGAUAUCAGUGAUAUGUAUCCUUCAGCAAUCCAAGCAGUGUUGCCACGUUUAUUGUUGGCUGCUGCUCCUCCUGGAAGUAGUUCACGGGAAAAUCGUAGGCAGUGUUUGAAGGUUUUGAAGCUUUGGUUGGCAAGAAGGAUCCUUCCAGAUUCCAUUAUUCGUCGCCAUAUUCGAGACCUUGAGUCCGUCAGUUGUUCUUCUUCUACUGGUGCAUUUUCUCGGCGCCCCUUGCGAACAGAAAGGCCUUUUGAUGAUCCUAUUAGGCAAAUGGAGGGUAUGCUUGUCGAUGAAUAUGGAAGCAAUUCAAGUUUUCAGCUUCCGGGUUUUUGUAUGCCCCCUAUGCUGAAGGAUGGAGAUGAAGGAAGUGAUUCUGACGACGGGAGUUUUGAAGCUGUUACUCCUGAGCAUAAUUCUGAAAACCAUGAAGGGCAAGAAAGAAUCCCCGUACAAGUGACAAUUGAAAAGCAUAGCCAUAUCUUAGAAGAUGUUGAUGGUGAGCUUGAAAUGGAGGAUGUUGCUCCUACUUGUGAGGCUGAAAUGAGUUCCACCAGUAAUGCUGGUAUCAAUAUACAAACUCAGUUUGAAGGGCAUUUUCCACUUUGCAUUGCCCCACCCCUUCCUAGGGAUGUGCCACCAUUGUUUCCUCCUCUGCCAUCAUCUCCGCCACCACCGCCUCCACCUCCACCUCCACCACCAGCCCUCCCUCCUCUGCCUCCCAUACCAGAUCCUAUGCCGAAUGGCCUCGAUUCAAAGCUCUACAUGGGUACACAUAAUAUCAGAGCAAACUUACAUCAGUCUAUGGUUCAGCAGCCUGCUGCACCAAGAAUCAACUCGAUAAGGUCUGAUGCAAUCUGUUAUCAGGCUCGUGAUUGCAGAGAUCUUCAGAUGCAAACACAGAUUCCUGAUUCUUCUGGCUCUUGUUCCCAUCCACCAAUUCAACCUGUUAGUAGUGCUCAACAGACAGAUGGUGCCACAUUCAGUAAUAAGGCUUAUCAUCUGCGGCCGCCACCCCAACCAGCACCAUCAAAUCAGUUCUCUUACGUUCAAGCAGAUCAGCGAAUGCAGACACUGAGGGAAGUCCAACCCCCUUCAUACCCUAACAGACCCCAUUUUGUGCAGAACACAGAUUGUGGUAAUAUUUACAGUGACCAUGAUAGAAUGAAGUUGGACCCACAUGAACUCAGGGACAGCUGGAGGUUUUCAGGGCCGUCGUUUUCUGGUACAAGCUACUCUGACCCUGCUAGAGGGUCCUAUCCGCCUGCUCCGUUCAGCAGCCCUCCAUGUGAGCCACCAUUACCUAACCACAGGUGGGGUUUCUACAACCAGGCUAUGAACCAUAGAGAAUUCUUACCCCUCAGACCACCUGAAGGUCCGAUCCCAGUGGCAAUCAGAGCUCCAGCUUAUUGGCAACCGAGAUGAGCCAUCAUUAUGGAGCUAAAAGUGCUGGUAUCACCCGUUUUUGACCUGGGUCCUGCCGCUUGUUCAAAAGUUUGAGAUACUUUUCUGGUACAGAUGUUUUCAAAAUUUUGAGGUAUAAUCUUCAGAAAAAGGGUGCGGCACCGAAGAACUGCAUGCUCGGUGUAAUUGUAUAUAUAUAGUUUAUCCUCUUAUUUGUGAAUGCAGAUAGGAAUGGUCCCUCAGAGAUUCGAGGGAGCAGUGACCCAUAUUUAGGCUUUCAACUUUUAUGCAUAAAAUCUCACACUUUUAAUUUGAAAAUUUAGUCUAAUUUAUUUCUUUUGAAUUCCUUCGUAGGAUAUUUUAACCUAGUUAUGUGGGCAAUUUGUUUUUUUUUGAGAACGUGGGCAAUUUGUUACGUCUUAUCCUUUUCAACUUUCUUUUGCAUUUCUAAGCCCUUGUAUACUGUGAAAAAUUCUCAUUUUGUGUGUGUUUUUGUUUUCUUUUUGGGGAGGAAUUCUGUGUUUGUACAUUGCAAUGAGUAUUUAGCUUGAGCUGUUGGAUCUAGUUAUCGAAAGGGAAUCAAUAUUA